ACAAGUCUGUCAAAAUUUUUAACCCUAGUUUAGCUAAAUGCUCGAAUCUUUAGGGAUCGCGUAAUUCACCUGUUUUUCUUCUGAUUUCUGUAUUAGAUUUGAUUUUUUCGGAUUUUUUGCAAAAUGUUGUUGAACCAUUUGAAAACAUGCUCCCGCUUUCGGACACAAUUCCUCUUCUCCAGAACAAAUCUGGGCUCGACAAAAUAUCAAAUUCCAACGCCAAAAGUUAAUGUUAAUGUAACUCCUGCCCGGAAUUUCGUAAAUUUAUCACAAGCGAAAAAAUUUACAUUUCUAACAAGAAAAUCGGAAAUCAUUAAAGAGACGAUACGACAAUGCUCGAAAGAGGCAGGGAAGCGGAAGAAGUUGAAAAGUUCUGAUGUAAAGCGCUUGUUAUCGCUUGCGAAAUCCGAAAAGUGGGUUCUUGUCGCUGCGAUCGGUUUUCUUCUGGUCUCGUCCACAGUUACCAUGGCUGUACCUUAUGCCCUUGGUAAAAUCCUGGAUAUCAUUUUCGUGAAGACCGAUAACACCGUAAUGAUGGAAAAAUUAAGAAAUUUCUCCAUGAUUCUGGCUGGAGUCUUCAUUCUGGGAGGGCUGGCAAAUUUCGGAAGAGUGUAUCUGUUUACUACAGCAUCGCUUCGAAUUGUUACGAACCUCCGGGAGAAGUUAUUUCGCACAAUGCUGAGUCAGGAGGCAGGAUGGUUUGAUAAAAAGGGCACGGGAGAGUUGUUAAAUCGUUUGACAAACGAUGCUUACUUUGUUGGAAAUUCUCUCAGUCAUAAUUUAUCAGAUGGGCUUAGGUCGACGGUGAUGGUAUUGGCAGGGACGGGAAUGAUGAUUUACACUUCGCCACAAUUAGCUCUAGUCAGUACAUGUGUAGUACCAUGCGUAGCUGGAAUGGCAAUAGUCUAUGGCAAAUUCAUUCGGAAUAUCACACGUAUCCUUCUCGAUAAAUUUGCAGAAAUUUCCAAGUCUGCCGAGGAACGCUUGAGUAAUGUUAAAACCGUGAAAAUAUUCUGUCGGGAAGACCAGGAAAGUGAAAAGUACCAUAACCACUUAUUGGAAGCUCUUCAAAUAGGUUACCGGGAAGCCCGAGCGAAGGCUUCAUUUUUUGGAUUGACGGGACUAUCAGGAAAUAUGAUCAUAAUGUCUGUACUUUAUUACGGUGGAACAUUAGUUAUGAGCGAACAACUAUCAGUUGGAGCUCUAACUUCAUUUAUUUUAUACGCAGGCUAUACAGCGAUAUCAAUAAACGGAUUGAGUAAUUUUUAUACUGAGUUAAAUAAAGGGGUAGGAUCGGCACAACGUAUUUGGGAGAUUAUCGAUCGAAAACCAUUGAUUACUCAUGAUGCCGGAAUAUAUCCUGAUGAAAAACCAAUCGGAAAAAUUGUGUUUAAUAAUGUUCAAUUCAACUUUCCCUCACGACCUGAUAGUACAGUUUUGAAGCAAUUCAACUUAACACUGGAGCCGGGUACGACAACUGCAAUUGUAGGGCGAAGUGGAUCAGGAAAAACGACAAUAGCAUCGUUGCUCCUCCGGUUAUAUGAUCCGUUAGCGGGGAAUAUCUACUUAGAUGGGAGGAACUUGAGAGAAUUGAAUCCGAAUUGGCUGAGAGAUAAUAUAGGGGCUGUGAAUCAGGAGCCUGUAUUGUUCAGCGGUUCAGUUCGGGAAAAUAUAUUAUAUGGGGCUAAACCAGGAUCGACUGUAAGUGCAGAACUCUUCCAAAAAGUGAUUCAGGAGGCUCACGUAGAUGAAUUCAUCUCGAAACUUCCCGACGGUUUAGACACGCUUGUAGGCCAGCGCGGAAUGAUGUUGAGUGGCGGUCAAAAGCAGCGAGUAGCUAUUGCAAGAGCUCUAAUUAAGAAACCGACAAUUUUAAUAUUCGACGAAGCGACAAGUGCCUUAGAUGCUGUUUCAGAAGAACUAGUGCAAAACGCUUUAGAGCAAAUGACUAAAGGGCGAACUGUGUUGACCAUUGCCCACCGACUUAGCACAAUACGAAAUGCUGAUAAUAUUGUUGUUCUUGAUGAUGGCCGAGUGGUAGAGGAGGGUAGCUAUGAAGUUCUCAUGCAAAAGGAUCGGGGAAUUUUCAAAGGUUUGGUGGGGAAACAGGCAUUCGAUCUCCCAGUUGCCGAAGCAAAUCCGAGUACGGAGGCGACUAGGACUACAGGACAGUUGGUUAGUGGACAAAAUGUGAAUGAAUCGUUUGACAAAGGUGCUAGUAAGACUCCAAGUGUUUCGAUAGAAUAAAGAUAUAAUAGUUGAACAAAGCAAGUUGAAUUCUUUUGUUAAUAAAAUAUAAAUGCUUAGUUAGGUUGUAGGUUUGGUUGUACAAUUGUUUGAUAAGAAAAUUGAAUUAGUACAUAUCGUGUCUUUUGUAUGGUUCGUUUGAUUGGCAAUAUUUAGUGCAGCUAUUUUUUAG